AUGACGCACACCACACCCUACGCCCAGUCCGACUUCCCUUGCCUCCUCCAGGAGGAGGAAGGGGAGUGGGUCUGGGUUCCGAAGAAGAUCAUCACUCCCGCCAUCUCAACGACUCCUGCCAACCAUCAAACUCCCAAGUAUCGCUCCUUCAGUGCCGGAAGCGUCGAGACGCAAGCCUGCGCUCUGUCCUCGUCCUGGGCGGUGUCACCGCAUGCAAUCAGCCCGACCUACUCACCGUUGAGGAACGAUAUCUCCAGCAUGCACAGCGGAAGCCCCACCGAAUCCAUUCUUGAAGGUUUUGACACGGACUUGGUGCUCCGUACCAGUGCUCCUCUGGAGAACAUGGACGCUUGGUGGACUGCUCCAGCGCUAGACAGCAACGCUGUAUCCUCAGCUCUUUUCACUAACAUGGACUGGAUGGAUCCUGAAUUGUUCUCUGGCUUGGACCUCGGCAUGGUACCCGAGCUCCCUCUCACCAUGCCAGGCAUCAGUCCUUCAAGUUCGGUCUAUGGCAGCCAGAGUGUUUCUGACGGCAGCAUCACGCCGUUGCCCCCAUUGACACCGCCUUCGCUGCCCAGCCCAGCUGACUCACCGGCGUCCUACCCACCCACCGCGCCGGCGCUUUCGCAGCCGCUCCAGUGCUUUGAAGUCCCGUGUACACUCUUCUCUGGCAGAUCCGGCCUCAGGUCUGUCCACGCCUGCCCUACGGUCUCUGCCAACCACCUCCACCGCUACCUCAAGGACAACUCCAACUUCCCAUUACCGCCUCGCAACAAAAAACACGAGCGCAAACACCGCCAACCGUCCUUCUACUGCCCAUUACCACACUGUGGUAAAGGUCACUCUGAUAAGCGUGCCCUCGCUCGCCACCUCUGGGCGCAGCACCCGGACUUCGCGCGGGAGAGCAACACGCGCUCGGAGAAGGUCAAGUGCUCGCAUCCAGGCUGCCCGUACGAGGGCCGGAAGGACAAUUUCAAGCGGCAUAUGCAGCGGCAUGAGAAGAAGGGGGAAAGGUAA